AUGAACGGCUAUCCCAACGGCGCAGAUGCAUCGAGGAACGGCCAUGGGCAAGCCGACUCGCGCGGGUCUGGUGGCUACCCACCCAUUGCAGAGAUUAUUGCCUCUGCCACAGACACGGCCGAGUCGCUCAGAAACCAUUCGAUCCGUAACUUGCUGGAACGGGCGCGGACACACUUCAACUCUGCCAAGACAAUGCUCAACAACCGCAUCCCUGCCGGAGCAUACUGGGAGUAUAUGGUCGCCUACCAGAUUAUCGUCGACCUGAUUCCCUCACACCGCGACUACUAUGACAAGAUCAGCAACAGCCGGAGCCAGGCUCACCGCGACUUCAACGACCUCAUGCGAGAUAUCAAGUCGAGCGAGGAGCGAUUCAUGCGCAUCAAGGACAUUAUCAAGAAUGACAACAAGCGCCAUGGCGGCCACCACAGGGCUGCCUCCCUACCUACAGGUCCUAGCCCACACUCCCGCAGUGGUUCCGUCACGCCACGAAAAGAUGAUGAGUUGAUGCUGCCUGAGGUGCCCACGAACCUGCCAAACGGCCGCGCUUCACCUGCUGCGCCCUUGGAUUCCUCUUACAGAAAACCUAUGGUGCAUCCAAAGCCCCAAACGCUGCAUGGCCGCGCUAUCCAUCAAAGUGCCGCGUCGGUGAAUAGCAUAAACGACCUCACUCAGCGCUUCGCAAACUUGCGCCGCUCUCCAAUUGAUACAUCUGCACGGUCUAGCCCUGACUUAUCAGUCAAGAUGCCCUCCCCAGCAGACUUCACUACCACCAACAGAGUCAUGGGACCACGCGGUAUGCCCAUGACACCUAUGUCCAUGCCUCAACCGCCACCCAAACUGCCACUAGACACACAAUUUGCUGCCUCCCUACCCAAAGAGCCUAGUCCCACCUACAGUCCUGCACGCAACAUCUCAGGUCCCUCAAGCAUCAAUCCGCCACGAAGUACCCCGAGGAGUAUGAACGGCACCGGAGGCCGUAACAACUUGUUAGCUGCAUCGAGCGCGUCCAGUUAUGCCCCCAAUGCGAAUGGUGUGCCAGACUCAUAUUUCCCAUCCCAACAGAAUCUACGUACUGCCCCCGAGAGGACCCGGUCUGUCAGCAAACCCGUCGAACUCGAAAUAGAUGCUAGCAUGCUAUACGACUACUACCGCAUGUACAAUGUACUCACCAUUGAUGUACGCAAUAGGACCGAUUAUGAUGCAGGCCACAUCUACGUGCGAAACAUCAUGUGUAUAGAGCCUUUGACCUUACGCGACGGCGACUCAGCAGAACAGCUACUAGACCGCCUUAUCAUCUCACCAGACGAAGAGCAGACCAUGUUCGAUCGGCGAAACGACUUUGAUGUCGUCGUCUACUAUGACGAAUCAACCGAAAAUAUUGAAUUUAUGCAGAAGCCCAAUCGCUCCGAAAAGGAAACUGCAUUGAAACGCCUUUUCGACACCCUACACGAGUUCAAUGCCGAGAAACCCCUCAAGCGCCCGCCAGUUCUUUUGAAAGGCGGUCUUGAUGCCUGGGUUGACUUGGUAGGCCCACAAGCAUUGAAGAUGUCGACUACCGCUGCACUGGUAGCCGCAGGUCCUGCCAGAGCUCGCGCUGUUCGGCGGUCUCCUGCUGCUACUCAUAUUGCGAAGAACAACCAGAGACGAUCGCGCCGCGAGUACGUACCCAUGGACCAGGAAGAAGAACAGGCAUGGCUCGAAGAAGCUCGCAAGGGGCGAGCUGAUGUUGAGGUGCCUCCAACAGAGGGCGAAGGAGAAGAGGAUGAGUCUAAUGCGCCCUUUUAUCGCUCCACCGAGGAGUUUUUGCGUCGGUAUCCCGAUGUAGAAGCUGAACAGUCGAUGAUGUACCCGCCAAAACCCCAAUUUACCAACCAAUACGUCGCACCUGCCAUACCUGUCGCCCCUUCACGGCCGCCGCCGUCGGUGCCUAGGGUUGGUUACAGUGGUGUGCAUGAACGCCAAGAUGUACAGCCAACCCGCAACAAUGUCUAUAAUUCGCAACCUCAAUUUAGCAAUCUGAGAUUGCACCGAACCGGAUUGCUCAACUUUGGAGUUACAUGCUACAUGAACUCAGUGGUUCAGUGUCUAAGUGGACACUUGCUGCUAUCAGACUUGUUCCUCACCGGGCGAUACCAGCGCGACCUUCAACGAGACAACUGGAAAGGUACAAAGGGUAUCCUUCCAGAGGCGUAUGCGACAUUGCUAUCGAACCUAUACAAGGGCGAUGUGUCGUCGGUACGCCCUAGCACUUUCAGGCGCAUUUGUGGUCACUUCAACUCGCAAUGGGGUAUUGACGAGCAGCAAGAUGCCAAGGAGUUUCUCGAAUUCGUGUUGGAUUACAUGCACGAAGACAUGAACCUAACAUGGAACAAGCCGCCCCUUAAACCGCUGACAGAUCAAGAAGAACUGACUCGCGAACGGUUUCCACGGCAAUACUCGGCCAUGAUCGAAUGGCGGCGAUACCAGCACCGCGACAUGUCCGUUAUCGGUGGUCUGUUCGCUGGGCAGCACGCUUCACAGCUCACAUGUCAAACGUGUGGUGUAACCAGUACAACGUACGAGGCGUUUUGGAGCAUCAGUGUGGAGAUUCCUCGCGAGGGCCAGUGCGACCUACGCCAAUGUUUAGAAUCCUACUGCGCGCCAGAACAUCUAGCGGGAGACGAGCUAUGGCGUUGCCCACGCUGCAAAAAAGACCGCGAGGCGGUUAAGAAGAUUACCAUCACUCGAGCACCGGACACACUUGUCAUCCACUUCAAGCGGUUCAGCGCAUCCCGUACAGAAACUGCACGCAAAGUUCGCACGCCCGUCCACUUUCCGCUUCAAAGGCUGGACAUAGGUCCGUUUGUUGAACCACCAAUGACCCCAGAGCAAGAGGCAUUUGUUGCUCAGAAAGCUCGGGACGGACCUGCGCAGCUGGCUGGAGUCAAAGCCGACCCCACCAUGAACGGACCGUAUGUCUACAACGCUUACGCUGUCAUCUGGCAUAUUGGUGCGACUCUCGGCAGCGGCCAUUACAUUGCUUUCGUCAAGGACAAAUCGCGAGGAUGUUGGCGGUCUUUCAACGAUGACAAAAUUCAGGAUUUUGAUCCAGGCAAUCUUCCAGCCAACAGUCGAUUGCAAAAUGAAAAGGCAUACAUUGUGUUUUACGAGCGGGAGAGGGUCGCUGGUGGGGCAUUUUAG